CGUGAGGAAUUGGAGAAUACGAUGUCUUCAGCCGCGGGUUGUAAUGAGUUGUGCACCGUGCUUGUCCUCACCAUGCUCUGGACCUGUAUCGAACCGCAGUCCUGUCCGCCGCCGUGUGUGUGCAGCGGCAGACCCUUCCCGAAUCCCGACCAGAACGUUUCGUGCCAAAAUCUCGACUUGAGCACAAUCCCCGACAGACUGCCCAACACUGCAAGAAUCCUCCGAUUGGGAGGCAAUUCUAUCAAGACAAUAACAUCAGAUCGGCUCAGUGAGCUGCAGGAUUUGCGGACGUUGGAUUUGAGUGCGAAUCUGAUCUCGGACAUCGCUGAAAACGCUUUCGCUGGACUGGUGAGUCUCCACACGCUCGACCUGACGGCAAAUAAACUCGAAUUUAUUUCAUCCUCGAUGUUUGAGGGGUUGGGAAACUUACAAAACCUGAGUCUGAGACGCAACCCCAUCGUAUGUCUUAGAAAGUUCACCUUUUCUGCCAUUCCGUCUUUGAGGUUCUUAGAUUUAGGGGAGUUGACCAAACUUCGGGCCAUCUCAAAGAGGACCUUUUACGGAAUACCGCACGUGGUAAACUUGAACAUGGCCAGGUCUAACUUGAUAGUCGUGCCUUACAUGAAUUACCUGAACAAUACUGCAGAGUUGGACCUCUCUCGUAACAACAUAACGGCGGUAUCGUCAGUUGACUUCCAAGGCCUGUUCCAACUGAGCAAGCUCGUCUUGUCAUCAAACAAAAUAUCAAGAAUCGAGAGAAAUUCCUUUGACGAUCUGCCAUUGCUCUCUGACUUAGACUUGUCCAACAACUCGUUGAACAUGCUACCGUACGGACUAUUUGCCAACAUGGUGUCUGUUGUUAAGAUUGAUCUUCGAGAAAACCCGUGGAGCUGCACCUGCGAAGCAACGUGGUUGAGUCAAUGGUUAAAGGAUAACAUGAACGACAAUGUGCGGACUUUGUGUGGUAAAUGCAGAUCGCCCUCGGCGUGGCGGAACACGCCGAUGUGUGAGGUACCCCUGGAGGGUCUGAAGUGUUCCCCGCCCAGGAUUACGGACACGCAGGGCCUGGUGAACGUGACGGAAGGCGACAGUGCAGCGCUGCUAUGCAGAACCACGCGAGACGCCGGCAUCAACUGGAUCACUCCGAACGGGACGAACAUCAACAAGCGCGGCGCGUUCAAGGUUCGCAUCAAGCUGACACCCGAGGGAAACCUGAACAUCACCAACGUCACCAAGUCCGACGAGGGCGUCUACCGUUGCAUAGCGAAGAACACAGCCGGUAUCUCGGAGAUAGACACCGUGCUGAAGGUUCCUGGCAGACUACCAGUGUCUGUGGCAGCGGCGACGGAGAUGCCGGUAAUUGAAGAGCUGCUGGAGGACCAAUUUGACUCGGCCAUCUGCGCCGUGAGUACGACAUUGAACGACAGAUCGACGCCGACGUCCAUACCAGUGCCUACGGUGAGGGUAAGAAGCGGACCAAAGUUCGUGCCGCCCACGGACGACGUUUUCCGCGCGCAGCCGGGUUCUGGGAAAGACGGCGCGUCAACGGUGGACCAUAAGAUGUAUAUCAUAGCUUCUAUAUCAGCCGUCGUAACGAUCGGUAUCGUCAUCUGGGUAACAGUCAUCGUAACUAAAAAGUGUUCAAAGUGGAAGCGUAAAAGAAAAAUGAUGAGAAAGAAGAGAAUGGACCGUGGACAAGUGGACUGCCCCAGCACACCUACGUGUUUAAAAAGCAUAGAACAAGACGAACCUAUUGAACUUCCUGACGUCUACAAUAUUUGUAACGGCGGUAGCUUUUAUACCAAAGGCGUUAUGGCUUUCCCUACUGAAGAGACCAUAGUCUAA